AUGGGCUUCACUGGAGUAUCAUUCUACGUCGACUGGAGCCUUGUUGAAGGGAACCCGGGACACGUUAUUACCGAUGGAAUAUGGAGCUUGGACGAAUUUUUUGACGCAGCAAGCCAAGCUGGCUUAUACCUCAUCGCUCGACCGGGACCGUAUAUCAAUGCUGAAACCACUGCUGGCGGGAUACCUGGGUGGGUUUUACGAGGGCAAGCGGUUAUUCGGUCCGACGACCCCGAAUACUUGAAUGCGACAGCCAAGUACAUGUCAAAGCUGGGUCAAAUUAUUGAAAGGGCACAGAUCACACAUGGUGGCCCGGUUAUCAUCGUCCAGCCAGAGAACGAGUACUCCACUUGGCCUGGAGUAACUGACUUCCCGAAUGAUAUGAAUCGAAAUUAUAUGGAACAAGUUGAAGAACAGCUUCUUGCUGUAGGUAUUACUGUCCCUUCCAUCGUAAAUGAUAACUUGGUUAUGGGAUACUUCGCACCGGGGUCAGGCCAAGGGGCAGUCGAUAUAUACGCCAUUGAUGCAUAUCCAAUGCGCUAUGAUUGCGCAAAUCCUAGUGUUUGGCCUACUUACAGAUUUCCAUAUGAUUGGCAAGUGACGCACAGACAACAGAGUCCAACGACACCCUUCGCUAUUGCUGAGUUCCAGGGGGGUUCUGGCGAGGGAUGGGGAGGAGUGACUCAGGACAUGUGCGGCCAGUUGGUAAACGAAGAGGCUGUCAGAGUUGUCUACAAGAACAACUACAGCUUUGGCGUAAAAAUAUUCAACAUUUACAUGACUUUUGGGGGUACCAACUGGGGGAACCUCGGCUAUAUGGGUGGGCAUACGUCAUACGAUUAUGGUGCAGCCAUCACAGAAGAACGGGCAAUCUGGCGCGAGAAAUAUAGUGAACAGAAACUCGAGGCUAACUUCCUCAAAGUUUCUCCUGCUUAUCUGACAGCAACUCCUCAUCUUGGAGCAAAUGGCACAUACGGUGCACCCUCCUCGAUAGCUGUUACUGCUCUUCUCGGAAAUGGGACGCGAACAAAUCUCUAUGUUGUUAGACAUGCCGACUUUACUUCAACCGACAAUAUUCAGUACACCGUCGAAUUGUCCACAAGUAUUGGCGAUAUCAAAAUCCCUCAGCUAGAAGGCCACCUGACGCUAAAUGGACGUGAUUCCAAAUUCCACGUCACUGAUUACGAUGUUGGCGGUAUCAAUUUGAUAUACUCUUCCGCAGAGAUAUUCACAUGGGCGCGCGGGUCAGGGUCGACUCGUGUGUUAAUUCUCUACGGAGGUGCCGGAGAAACACAUGAGUUUGCUCUUCCUAGUCAACUUGGAAAGCCGACCGUCGUCGAAGGAGCUGGCAUCGAAAUAAAACAAUGUAGAUCUACUUGGGCUGUGAAGUGGCAUGUUACACCAGACCGACGCAUCAUCCGGGUCGCAGAUCUUGAGGUAUACCUGCUCUGGCGGAACGAGGCAUACAACUACUGGGUUAUGGAGUUGCCGGCAUCAGGUCCGAUUGCAAACUACUCAUCGCCAUCGAAGAGCUUGGUAGUUGUCAAGGCCGGAUAUCUUAUCCGCACAGCCGAUCUGACAAACAAGCAGCUGCGACUGACAGGUGAUGUAAAUGGCACGACAGAAAUCGAGGUCAUCUCCAGUCCGGCAACAAGUUUGAAAGGUAUUACCUUCAAUGGAGAAGUACUACAGACUUCGACAACUUCCAAUGGGAAACUCAAGGGAACUGUCAGAUACAACCCUCCCAAGUUGGACAUUCCCGAUUUGUCCAACCUAGAGUGGAAGUUCCUUGAUUCUCUCCCUGAGAUUCAGGACUCGUACAACGACUCAGCUUGGACACCUUGUACACAAAAUUCAACUCAUAAUCCAAGACCACUGGACACUCCUAGUAGUCUGUACUCCAUGGAUUACGGAUACCACACAGGAUCUUUGUUAUACCGUGGCCAUUUUAAUGCCAAUGGCCAAGAAUCUAAUCUUUGGUUGAAUGUAUCUGGCGGUGCAGGAUUUGGACAUUCUGUGUGGUUGAACAACACCUUUCUUGGGUCAUGGUUCGGGUCGAGUGCCAACUCCACUACUGUCCACAACAUAUCGUUGCCAUCCACCUUAACGCAGGGAAGCCCGUAUGUGGUCACAGUGUUGAUUGAUCACAUGGGCCAAGAUGAAGAGGCCCCUGGCACUGAUGCAAUUAAGUUUCCCCGAGGAAUUUUGAACUACGGGGUUUCAGGUCACGCCCAAUCCGACGUCUCGUGGAAGAUGACAGGUAAUCUUGGAGGAGAGCAGUAUCAGGAUCUCAUCCGUGGUCCUCUCAAUGAAGGUGGGAUGUAUGCCGAGAGACAAGGAUAUCAUUAUCCUAACCCACCAAGUUCAAAAUGGAAGUUGUCAAACCCAGUCAAAGACGGCUUGUCGCACGCAGGUGUUGGAUUUUAUGCUGCAUCUUUUCAGUUGAAUAUCCCUAGUGGAUGGGAUACCCCAAUGAGCGUCGUAUUCAACAACUCCAUCAAUGAUAGUCCUCAAGAGCAUACCCGAGGCAACAAUUACAGAUGCCAGCUUUUUGUCAAUGGAUAUCAAUUUGGAAGAUAUAUCAACAACCUUGGCCCCCAAAUAGCGUUCCCCGUUCCAGAGGGUAUCCUAAAUCAUGAGAGGGACAAUUAUAUAGCCUUGACAGUGUGGGCACAGGACAAGCAGGGCGCAAAAUUGGGAAGGCUGGAAUUAGUUCCCACAUCCCUCAUUCGGUCCGGGUACAACAGACCCCAGGCCGCCCAGCAGCCUGUCUGGACAAAGCGAGCACAUCCAUACUAG